AUGUCAGCUUCAACAACAACAGCUGCACCCACAACUACUUUAGCCCCAACCACAACAGCUGGCUCAACAACUACAUUAGCUCCAACAACAACAGCUGUCGCCGUAACUACUUCACCUCCGGAAACAACAGCCACCCCCACAACUACUAAAGCUCCAACCACAACACCUGCCCCCACAACUACUUUAGCCCCAACAACAACAGCUCCCCCAACAACAACAGCUGCCGCCAUAACUACUUCACCUCCAGAAACAACAGCCACCCCCACAACUACUAAAGCUCCAACCACAACACCUGCCCCCACAACUACUUUAGCCCCAACAACAACAGCUCCCCCAACUACUACUGAAGCUCCAACAACAACAGCUGCCCCAACUACUACUAAAGCUCCAACAACAACAGCCACCCCCACAACUAGUAAAGCUCCAACCACAACAGCUCCCCAAACUACUACUAAAGCUCCAACAACAACAGCCGCUUCCACAACUACUAUAGCCCCAACCACAACAGCUCCCCCAACAACUACUAAAGCUCCAACCACAACAGCUGCACCCACAACAACUUUAGCCCCAACCACAACAGCUGGCUCGACAACUACAUUAGCUCCAACAACAACAGCUGCCGCCAUAACUACUUCACCUCCAGAAACAACAGCCACCCCCACAACAACUAAAGCUCCAACCACAACAGUUGCCCCCACAACUACUUCAGCUCCAACAACAGCCGCCCCCACAUCUACUUUAGCCCCAACCACAACAGCUGCCCCAACAACUACUAAAGCUGCCCCAACUACUACUAAAGCUCCAACAACAACAGCCACCCCCACAACUAGUAAAGCUCCAACCACAACAGCUCCCCAAACUACUACUAAAGCUCCAACAACAACAGCCGCUUCCACAACUACUAUAGCCCCAACCACAACAGCUCCCCCAACAACUACUAAAGCUCCAACCACAACAGCUGCACCCACAACAACUUUAGCCCCAACCACAACAGCUGGCUCGACAACUACAUUAGCUCCAACAACAACAGCUGCCGCCAUAACUACUUCACCUCCAGAAACAACAGCCACCCCCACAACUACUAAAGCUCCAACCACAACAGUUGCCCCCACAACUACUUCAGCUCCAACAACAGCCGCCCCCACAUCUACUAUAGCCCCAACCACAACAGCUCCCCCAACUACUACAAAAGCUACAACCACAACAGCUGCCCCCACAACUACGUCAGCUUCAACAACAACAGCUGCACCCACAACUACUUUAGCCCCAACAACAACAGCUCCCCCAACUACUACUGAAGCUCCAACAACAACAGCUGCCCCAACUACUACUAAAGCUCCAACAACAACAGCCACCCCCACAACUAGUAAAGCUCCAACCACAACAGCUCCCCAAACUACUACUAAAGCUCCAACAACAACAGCCGCUUCCACAACUACUAUAGCCCCAACCACAACAGCUCCCCCAACAACUACUAAAGCUCCAACCACAACAGCUGCACCCACAACAACUUUAGCCCCAACCACAACAGCUGGCUCGACAACUACUAAAGCUCCAACCACAACAGCUGCACCCACAACAACUUUAGCCCCAACCACAACAGCUGGCUCGACAACUACAUUAGCUCCAACAACAACAGCUGCCGCCAUAACUACUUCACCUCCAGAAACAACAGCCACCCCCACAACUACUAAAGCUCCAACCACAACAGUUGCCCCCACAACUACUUCAGCUCCAACAUCAGCCGCCCCCACAUCUACUAUAGCCCCAACCACAACAGCUCCCCCAACUACUACAAAAGCUACAACCACAACAGCUGCCCCCAUAACUACGUCAGCUUCAACAACAACAGCUGCACCCACAACUACUUUAGCCCCAACAACAACAGCUCCCCCAACUACUACUGAAGCUCCAACAACAACAGCUGCCCCAACUACUACUAAAGCUCCAACAACAACAGCCACCCCCACAACUAGUAAAGCUCCAACCACAACAGCUCCCCAAACUACUACUAAAGCUCCAACAACAACAGCCGCUUCCACAACUACUAUAGCCCCAACCACAACAGCUCCCCCAACAACUACUAAAGCUCCAACCACAACAGCUGCACCCACAACAACUUUAGCCCCAACCACAACAGCUGGCUCGACAACUACAUUAGCCCCAACAACAACAGCUCCCUCAACUACUACUGAAGCUCCAACAACAACAGCUGCCCCAACUACUACUAAAGCUCCAACAACAACAGCCGCUUCCACAACUACUAUAGCCCCAACCACAACAGCUCCCCCAACAACUACUAAAGCUCCAACCACAACAGCUGCACCCACAACAACUUUAGCCCCAACCACAACAGCUGGCUCGACAACUACUAAAGCUCCAACCACAACAGCUGCACCCACAACAACUUUAGCCCCAACCACAACAGCUGGCUCGACAACUACAUUAGCUCCAACAACAACAGCUGCCGCCAUAACUACUUCACCUCCAGAAACAACAGCCACCCCCACAACUACUAAAGCUCCAACCACAACAGUUGCCCCCACAACUACUUCAGCUCCAACAACAGCCGCCCCCACAUCUACUAUAGCCCCAACCACAACAGCUCCCCCAACUACUACAAAAGCUACAACCACAACAGCUGCCCCCAUAACUACGUCAGCUUCAACAACAACAGCUGCACCCACAACUACUUUAGCCCCAACCACAACAGCUGGCUCGACAACUACAUUAGCUCCAACAACAACAGCUGCCGCCAUAACUACUUCACCUCCAGAAACAACAACCACCCCCACAACUACUAAAGCUCCAACCACAACACCUGCCCCCACAACUACUUUAGCCCCAACAACAACAGCUCCCCCAACAACAACAGCUGCCGCCAUAACUACUUCACCUCCAGAAACAACAGCCACCCCCACAACUACAAAAGCUCCAACCACAGCACCUGCCACCACAACUACUUUAGCCCCAACAACAACAGCUCCCUCAACUACUACUGAAGCUCCAACAACAACAGCUGCCCCAACUACUACUAAAGCUCCAACAACAACAGCCGCUUCCACAACUACUAUAGCCCCAACCACAACAGCUCCCCCAACAACUACUAAAUCUCUAACCACAACAGCUGCACCCACAACAACUUUAGCCCCAACCACAACAGCUGGCUCGACAACUACAUUAGCUCCAAAAACAACAGCUGCCGCCAUAACUACUUCACCUCCAGAAACAACAGCCACCCCCACAACUACUAAAGCUCCAACCACAACAGUUGCCCCCACAACUACUUUAGCCCCAACAACAACAGCUCCCCCAACUACUACAAAAGCUACAACCACAACAGCUGCCCCCACAACUACGUCAGCUUCAACAACAACAGCUGCACCCACAACUACUUUAGCCCCAACCACAACAGCUGGCUCGACAACUACAUUAGCUCCAACAACAACAGCUGCCGCCAUAACUACUUCACCUCCAGAAACAACAGCCACCCCCACAACUACUAAAGCUCCAACCACAACACCUGCCCCCACAACUACUUUAGCCCCAACAACAACAGCUCCCCCAACUACUACUGAAGCUCCAACAACAACAGCUGCCCCAACUACUACUAAAGCUCCAACACCAACAGCCACCCCCACAACUACUAUAGCCCCAACCACAACAGCUCCCCCAACAACUACUAAAGCUCCAACCACAACAGCUGCACCCACAACAACUUUAGCCCCAACCACAACAGCUGGCUCGACAACUACAUUAGCUCCAACAACAACAGCUGCCGUCAUAACUACUUCACCUCCAGGAACAACAGCCACCCCCACAACUACUAAAGCUCCAACCACAACAGUUGCCCCAACAACAUCUUUAGCCCCAACCACAACAGUUGGCUCGACAACUACAUUAGCUCCAACAACAACAACUGCCCCCAUAACUACUUCAGCUCCAAUGAUUUGGCAAAUCGUGAAUCCCAGGCUUUCAAGUCCAGAGAAAAACGCAUCAAGGAUUCGCUCGCACAACAACAGCAGCCUUGACAACAGCGGCAGCCCCAACUACAACUGCAGCCCCAACAACAACUACGGCACCCAGUACAACUGCAGUCCCAAGUUCAACUACAGCACCCACAACAACCACAGUGCCAACCUCAACUGA